AUGAUGUGCUUUUAAUAUAAUGGAGGCAAAACUAGAUGUCACCAUGGAACAGUUGAACAUUUGGUUGAUGGAAAAUGGGUUAAACAAGAUAAAAAGAACAAAUAGAUAAAAUAGGUUAUUCGAGAGAUUGAUGAAGAUUAAAAUUAACAAUAAUUUAAAAUUCAAAACUAAGGACAAUAAUAAUAAAAACCAAUAUAACCAGAUUAGCAAGAAAAGCCAGAGGAUUUGCAGUAAAAUAAUCAACCAUAACUUAAUAAAGAUUCAUCAUGA